AUGGUUAACUACCGAUGUUGUGUUGGAGGUUGUAACAACGACUCAAGAUAUCCAAAAAAGAUAGUGAAACGGUCACAUGUCGAAAAUCUUCGCUGGCAUUUUAUUCCGAAGGAUCCAAAGAAAAGAGCCCAAUGGAUUGCCAGCAUAUCCAAAGGACUUGUUGGAUUCGAACCCGGCAACUACAAGACUGUUUGUUCGAAUCACUUUCAAUAUGGAAAGCCAACGUACUCCUCACCAACUCCAACUUUGUAUAUGGUGCCAAGUGACUCUAACAAACCUUCACCCAAGAAAAGAAAGCUUGUGGCAAGACACGAAGUUGUCUCUACUGCUGAGGCAUCCAAUAACUCAAGCUUCAAAGAAGAAGGAACUCAAUGCUUGAUAAUAAAUCCGCUAACAUACGGAAGUAUGAAGUUUGCUGAUUUAACAACAGAGCAAGAUGUCCAGCGUUUCACUGGAUUCCCUAACGUAGAAACAUUUCAAUUGAUGUUUAAUACACUCUUUGAAAAAGCCAUGUGUAUGCACUACUGGAAAGGAGACAAAGAAAGUGCUUUGAAGGACACCACCAAGCCCAGGUCAAAUAAUGUACAGAGAGCUCUAACCUUGGAGCAAGAGUUUUUGCUAACCAUGAUGCGAAUCAAGCUAGGACUCUUUGUAUUUGAUCUGGCUUUAAGGUUCAAAGUUUCCGAGGCGACUGUCAGCUCUGUCUUUACCACUUGGGUUAAGCUGAUGUCUAAAGAAUUAAAGUGGAUGAUUUCCUGGCCAGAUAGGUAUUUAAUUCAAAGAAAUAUGCCUGAUAUGUUUCGACGAUAUUACAGAAAGUGUAGAGUCAUCAUUGACUGCACAGAACUAUUCUCUGAAACCCCAUCAAGCUUAGAGAAUGCGGCAAUGUGUUGGUCAAAUUACAAACAACACUACACGUUAAAGUUUUUGAUAGGGAUAACACCAAAUGGCCACAUAUCAUUUGUCUCUGAGACCUUCAGUGGGAGGUCAUCUGAUGUUUUUAUUGUAGAAAACAGUGGUUUCUUAAACUAUCUUCAGCCACAUGACCAAGUUAUGGCAGACAGGGGAUUCAAGAUUCAUGACCUGUUAGCAUACUACCAAUGUUCUCUAACAAUUCCACCCUCCAAGCAUUCCAAUCUCCAGAUGUCAGGUGCUGAUGUUAGGAACACAUCACUUAUUGCUAAUGUACGGAUUUAUGUCGAGCAGGCUAUCAAGCGAAUUAAAGACUUUGCUAUGUUAAAGCAAGAAAUUCCCAUUAGCAUUCUUUCCCAUUUGGAUGACAUAAUCAUCAUUUGUGCAGCAAUAUGUAAUAUGAAAAAGCCUUUGAGUACAUANAAGAUUAUAAGCACUGAACGUCUUCGAUCUUCGCUUUCAUCCUCUAGCUGUUUGGGUAAAUCGAAAGAAUAUCACAUUGAGAAGCCUGGAAGUCUCGGACAACAAGCCAAAUUGGAAAGUUUGAUGUAA